CAAGCAUGGUUAUGGAGUCCGAACGACGGAACUGUUCGGAGUAAACACAAUGGUGAAUGUUUAACAUUGAAAGCGAACCUUGAAGUGUGGGCUGGGCCACUUGUGAAUGGUUCACAUGCUGUUGUAUUACUCAAUCGAAAUGAUUUCGGAAGCGAAUCGAUUACAGUGAAUUGGAAGGACAUUGGUUUUCCGGUUGAUCAUUCAGCUGUUGUACGUGACUUAUGGGCACGAAAAGAUAUUGGAACAUUUACUGGUAAUUACACAUCACCAAAAAUAGAUCAUCAUUCUGUGAUGAUGUUGAACAUUACGCUCACAAUGUAG